CUCGGGUAGCACUAGGCUAACUUGAAGACUGCCGCAUCAGCAUUUGAAUGUGUUUUCUGUUGUUUCUCCUCAGCUUGCCUAGUGAGCGACUCGCAACCAGUACGCAAGUUUUGAGCGGUAGUUCAGAAGUUUCUCCAUUCUCUUCAUCUUGCUUUCUUCGCUCGCCACACCAUGGCCCGCGGCUUCAAAUCCCCCGCUGCUCAAGUACCACUACCUAAAGUGUCAUUCAUUGUUGUCCAGGAUGAUGAUAUCAACCAACCAGCUGGAGUGCACGACCUCCAAGCUAGAUCUUACGGAUACAACGACUUCACCGAAUUCCUAAGACCGGAUCAUUACAUUCGAUACAUCGAGCCCCUCGAGAAAGACCUUGCCAUUCAGGUUGAAUAUGACAUGGACGACCAAGAUCAGGAAUGGCUUGACGCAGUGAACCUUGAAAGGAAAAAGGACCAACUGAAUGCGGUCACGUACGAGACGUUUGAGAUUAUCAUGGAUCGCCUGGAGAAAGAGUACUUCGACUUGACCAAGAAUAUACCCAAAUCUGAUUAUGCCAUGCCUUCGGAGGAUUCGACUUGUGCCAUCUGUGACGAUUCCGAGGGGGAAAACAGCAAUGCUAUUGUAUUUUGUGAUGGUUGCAACCUCGCCGUUCAUCAGGACUGCUAUGGAGUCCCGUAUAUACCUGAAGGCCAGUGGUUAUGUCGCAAGUGUACCGUCUCCCCAGAGAAUCCAGUGUCAUGCAUACUUUGCCCCAACGAGGGGGGAGCGUUCAAACAAACAGUAUUCGGUGACUGGGCUCAUCUUCUGUGUGCUAUUUGGAUACCUGAGACGCGGGUGGCAAAUGAGGUAUUCAUGGAACCUAUCACUGGAUCUGACAGAAUUCCAAAGCAACGCUGGAAAUUGAAAUGCUCAAUAUGUGGCAUUCGCGAGGGCGCAUGCAUCCAAUGUACAAAGAAUUCAUGUUUCCUGGCCUUCCACACAACCUGCGCUCGAAAGGAAAGGUUGCUCAUGCCAAUGAAGAGCUCGCAGGGGUCUGAGCCUGGUACGUUGGCAUGCUAUUGUGAGAAGCACCUUCCUAAAGAGCAGCAAGAUGCUCGCCUCAAAGCUCUUGCACAAGAUGGACAGAUGACUAGCCCCAAUUCUAAGCUGUCCAAAUCUGCUCGUGCAUACGCCAAAACUUACAAGACUGGCCCACCGCUUGUGCCACACAUCAUUGUUGAACGCAUCUUGAAUUAUAUUACCAAGGUAAAUGUGCGCAAGAAAAACGAAUUUGUAUACAUGGUUUGUAAAUACUGGAGUUUGAAGCGAGAAGCGAGGCGGGGGGCGCCACUGUUGAAGAGACUGCAUCUCGAACCAUGGACAGCGUCAAACGCAGGGAAAGUACAGACGGAAGAAGAAAAGACUAUAAAACUAGAGCACUUGAAAAAAUUACGCGAAGAUCUGGAGUCUGUUCGCGAAUUGACGCUACAGACUCGCAGACGGGAGAGCCGGAAGCUCGCACAGACUGAAAGCAUCCAGAAAGUGCUCGAGAUCGCACUCUUCCCUCACGAGGCACUACUACGGCUUGCGUUUGAGAAAGUUCUUGCUCUUGACCGUCACAAUCUCUUCAAGCAUCCGGUGUCGAGGACGGAGGUCCCCGACUACUAUGAUGUCGUGAAAAGGCCUAUGACCUGGGAUGCGAUCGAUGCUAAGCUUGACCGUCAUGAAUACUGGGACCUAGAAGGUUUCAAGAGUGACAUCGAGUUGGUACUCUCUAAUGCAAUCCUGUACAACAAGCCUGGCACAUCGUUCUACAAGACCGCACAAAGGAUACAAAUAAGCAGUCAACCCAUCCUUCAGGAACUCACUUCUCUUGCCCACAAUCACCCACCCCUUACUCCCCCUGACCCUUCUGACUCUUCCGUUCUUUCCCAGAUGUCCAUCGGAGACCUAGAACCUUUGAUGGAAACACUCCAGCUACUAACGUCAACCCACGAUAUUCAAGAUAACACCAAUCUUCUUCUUCAUGCCGAUCCCAUCUCAUCACUAUUCAACUUUGAACUUCCGCUCAUGAAACCUCCACCGCCUCCUGCUCCUGUUCCAUCUCCUGCGCCGCCUCCGAAACCCAAGGCGCCCAAAAAGAAGCGUCUUCUCAAAACCGUCGAACCUGGUCCUCUGGACACUUCCCCAGGUUUCCGUGCCCCGCGAACCCGCCGAGCUCUUGCAGCAGCUGCAGCUUUCGAGGCCGAGGCUGGCUUUGAACCCGAAGUUCAAUCCACUGUCGAACCUGAAUUAGGAGUAACUGAGGGCGAUCAGAAAGCAGCUUUUGAACCACCGAAGAAACGACGCCGGCAGAGUGCAUUGCCUGGGCAAGCAGAAACACCACCUAUGGUUACAGAUGUAGACAGCCAGGGAUUAUUCAAAAUGUUCGAUGCCGGAUGGAUUUUACCGACAGGACAGCGGAGGGGCGGACGCCAGCCCGUGGAGAGGGCUCCACUUCCACCGAAGAAAAAGAAGAUGGGUGAGUUGAUCUCCUCUGCUAUUUUCUUAACUGAUCGUCGUAAUGAAGAUCGUGGGACGUCGAGGUUGUCUGUAUUCAGCACAAACGCAUCGGAUAAUCAGACUCUAGACGAGAUUUCUGGGCCUUCUGGUUUGUCUGCGAGUGCUACUGCCCUUGAGAUGGUUGCGCAGGCAGAGUUAGGCCAUGUCACCAAUGAGGAGAUAGAGGCAUCCAUGGCUCUUGAUAUUCCAGAGAAUCAUCAGGAGGAAGAAACGGAGAGGCGGCUACACCCAGAACUCGAACCUCAACCAGAAGUUCAACCGCAGGUAAUAAUCCAGCCGGAGGUAAUAAUCCAGCCGGAGCCAAUAAUCCAGCCGAAGCCAGUAAUCCAGCCGGAGGUAAUCAUCCAGCCGAAGGUCACAGAAGCGCGGAUAGCCAAGAUCCCCAAACGACCAAACACGAAGAUUAAUGUCGAAAAUGGGAAAAUUGUCGUGGAGGAGUUAGAUACGCCCAAACUUCGGCGGGAAAAAGCAAGGCAACGGAAAGCAGAAAAGGCAGCGGCCGCGGCCGCUGCUGCUGCUGCUGCUCAAGGCCUUCCGCAAGCCAAGGAUGAGAUCCCGAAAACCAACGUUGGGCCCACUCAAGAUGAUGUAUCUGAUUUAUCUUCUCUGAGCGAGCUGGACAGUGAUGCUGAUGAGAAGCCUGCGACACGGGACGAGGCGACUACAUCCAACUCCAUACCCGAAGCAAGGCUCGUCGGAACGCGUCAACUGCAACGCGCGCCAGCCACUCUCGUAACCGCAGGAAAAGCGCUUGUUGUACUUGAACCGGGAAAACAGUUAGAGUGUGGAACUCUUGAUACGUAUCCAUGGUGGCCUGCAGUCGUUUGGGAACCAGAUGACCCAGCGAUUCCUGAGGACGUCAAGAAGAAGAGGCCUCAAGAUAAUUCUCAUCACAUCGUACAAUUUUACGACCCCACAAUGUCAUGGACAUGGGUCACCAUUGGCCAUAUGUUAUUGUUGGGUGAGGAUAAUACGGUGGAUGCUUCUCUACUUUCGCCAACUUCGACGGUCCAAAAGUGGAAAACACCCAGGAUUAAGAAACAAUGCCGGGAAGCUUUCCAGCGUGCCUUAGCAGAGAUGGAAACGGAUGCAGAUAUACUUGCUCAUGAAACGGGAGAUAUUGCGACGGAGGUCACAAGCUCUGAUUCUAUCAAGGAGCAGGGUUCUACUGAAGUUCAUAUGGUUAUGCCAGUCGAGCAAUCAGCUUCAUGACCGGGGGCUUCUCUCUGUGCUUAUCCGCGGAUGAGUGAAGUUCAAAAGACUCAGACAUGAAUAUGCUACAGAGGUAUCUCGAUUGUACCAAGUCCCAACCCGUAAUCCAAGUUUUACAUGUUUCUCAAAAGACUGCUGGGAAACACGUCGCCUUAUGGAAUGGCCAAGAUUUCUUCUGAUGAUCACGGUCGCACUGUUGGUAAAACACGAUGAGACAUACAGAAGAAAUAGAUGUGCAGGUACUUGCAUAAACAGCUAUUUUGCAACUGUGGCGUAGUGAGAUCCAGGUGUACUAAAGAAUGAGAGCUUGAUCAUACCGAGAGCAUUGCAAAAGCUUUGA